ACAUGAAAUGCACACGUUUUAAUAAUCCAAACCAAAAAUAAUAAUGACUAGUACACGCAAAAAGAAGAUGAAAGGUGACCCCAGGGCGUCCGAGCAGAUGCGCAAGUGGUUAACAGAUAAAAAGAAAAAUAACAGCGCUCCACCAGUUCCAUUUAGUGUAUUUAGCAAAGUAGUGGAAAACCUGCCGGACAUAGCAUUUCAAAUUCAGAGCAAUGAACCAGGCGCCGCAAGCAAAACCUUGGAUGAGUGCGCGCUGUGGUAUUACAAUAACUUCUACAGUGAACCCACAAUAAGAACGAAAUAUGAAUACAAGCUGAGAUCGUGUCCGCUGCGCGUCAAGCAGAAGUUGCUGCAGGGCUGCACGACUGGUUCGUCCGAUCAGUUCUCGGAAUCAAACGAUAUACACCGAGCUUCAACCGAGGAUGGCCAUGAGGUCACAGUAAAUAGAGCUGGCCGUUUCCUGUUUCCCGUCUCGUUAGCCACGUUUAAGCGUUACAUCCAUAAGACUGAAUUACUCAAGAUUCUUGUGCGCAAGGAGACCAAGAGUAAGACGAAGCGUGCUGAGCUUUUGCUCGACAGGGAUGUGUGUCGUAAGCUAUUGCGCAAAUACUAUAAUUCAUUCUACAUCAGUUCGAGCCGGCGCUACAUGGAAAUAUGUAAAUUCGAAACGGCGCCCGCAGCUCUAAGGCAGCAGUUGCUAAAAAUGGGCGUGCCCUUAGAUGAGAUGGCCGUAAAGACGAUGCAGGAGAAAUCACAUAAAUCGCGCGAGCCUACAUCACCAAACUUUAAGGCAAAGGUAGGAAAAAGUCCACAGGGCAAGCAUGCCGUUCCAAGGACUCCCUACACACCCUCAAUAGUGAGCUUUAAUGAGUUUGAGAAAUACAUUAUCAAUAUAUAUGACAUUGUGUGGCGACUAAAGCUGAACGAGCCCGACUACUCCUACAAGGGCUUCGAGGACUGCGCCUAUGAGUAUUACUUUGACUUUUAUCUGACGCCCGAGAUACGCGAGAAAUAUCCUUACGUCCUGGCGCCCUGCACAACUGCAAUGAAAAAUCGCAUACUCUCCCUGCCCAGUCCAGAGGAUAGAGAGACGCUGUUCCAAAUGAAAACUAAAGGAUGUCGGAUGUCUACAUCGCAACCAAUUGAACAGGAUAAUGAAGUCUCUCCGCCGGCAUCACCAGCUGAACUAGAUGAAGAGGUUGCAGGGGCAUUCGCAGAGCACGAGUCGCCUCCUGGCUCCGUAGAGGCGGCAGAAGUCCUGCCAUACGGAGACGAGCAUCAGCCAGAGUUCUUGCCAUUCGUAGAGGAGCAUCAGCCAGAUAUCUUGCCACCAGUCAAACCUGUAGGCGACGCGUGGUCGGAGAUUAUGCCACCGGUUAGCUUCAAGCUGUUCAGGCGCUAUAUCCGAAAUAUGGACGACAUUGUCCAACAGAUGAUGUACUCUGGGGAGUACGUAGGCUUCAGCGCAGAUGAAUGUGCGCUGGAAUACUACAAUAGAUUCUAUUGGGAUCCGAUAAUACGUAAACGGUUCGAGUACCAGGUGAAACCCUGUCCGGGUAGAAUACGUGAGAAGUUGCUAUCGCUGCCAGGGGAGGUUGACCUAUUGGCCGACAUCCCAGCAAUCGAUAAGGCAAAUGCAUUGCUAGCUGCCGAGCGAAAGUUGAUAACAUUUGAUGGCAUCACGUACGAGUUCCCGAUUAGCUUCGAGACAUUCGUUAAGUAUAUCAAUUACGAGGAGCUGGGUAAACAGCUCGCCUUCACAUAUGAGAUGGAAAAGGGACUGGCUAACGAAUGUCCAUCCGAUGAACAGCUAAUGAAGCGCUUCUACUAUUUAUUUUAUACCGAUCCGAGAGUACGAGAGCAAUUCAAAUACAAUUUUGAUGCAGCUCCAAUUGAGCUGAGGCAACUGUUAAUGCAGCUGGCUGAGCCUGUGAAGAGAGAGGAGGUGGGGAAAUCGCCAUUGUCUGAGCUAUCCCAAGCCAUGGAAGCCGAAGGGUCAUCAGAGUCCGAUAUAGAUACAAAUACUAGUAGUUCAGAAUUGAGUACCUCUGAUUGUGAGCUGGAUGUCGUAGAGGAUCUGGGCAGCUCUGGCCGUUUCAAGUUCCCUGUGUCGUUCGACACAUUUAUGCGCUGCAUCAACCACCAGGACCUGCUGAGGCCAUUGCUCCUGCGCUUCAUCCAGGACGAGGAGCAGCUAGCAGAAAUGACAAGUCCGCAGCAUCCGCAAUGCCAAAAGAUAUUGAAACGUUAUUAUCGUUCGUUUUAUGUACGUCCGAGCACUCGCGACUUGUACGAAUAUCGAUUUGCCAAUGCAAGUGCUGGGCUGUUGGAGAAGCUAUUGGAAUAUGCUGAGCCCCUGGAUGAGGUGGCCAAGCAGCAGAUGGCACAGGCCGCAGAGGAGUAUGCCUUGGAGAACAAGCAGAAGAAACAGAAGCAACUUGAGGAAAUGGCGAAAACGUUGCCCGUUACAUUUAAAUGCUUUAAGCGAAACAUUCGGAAUCUGGAGGAGAUUGUUAAAUGCAUGAUGAGCGAUGGGCAGCACAAAGACAUGUCAGAAGAUGACUGCGCAUUCGAAUACUAUAUAGAAUUCUAUACAAAACCAGAAAUACGGGAGAAAUAUCCAUACGAGCUAAAACCAUGUCCGAGUAAACUUCGUGAGCAAUUUCUGCAGCUACAGGCUGCUAACCCGACAACUGAUAUGGAGCACUCUGGUGCAGUUGAGGCCGUCGAUGAAAAAGAGCUCGACUUGCAAGAAGCCGAGCCAAAAAACUCGGAGCUGGGGGAACAAGUGCAAACACCUGCAGCACCUGAUAUCCCCCAAAUUGAUUGCAAUGCGAAUGAGGGCAACAAAAAUAAUGUCUUGGAGCGUGAUGAUAAGACUUUGGUACAUCUACAGGGCAAAACCUAUGAAUUUCCAGUGUCGCUGCAAACCUUUAAGCGCUACAUCAACUAUGACACAGUGAGAAUUGAGCUGGCGAAUUCAUUUUCGAAGGAUAAGCAGAAAGUUGAGAAAAUUCUCCGCGAGGAGCGUUACGAUCUGAUACUGCUGCGCCGCUUCUAUAAUUCGUUCUACAUCGAUCAGCGUGUUCGCAAAUUGUGCAACUAUAACUUCAAUGCCGCGCCAGCUGAGCUGCAAGAGAAACUAAUGGGAUUCGCGGUGGAGUGCAGCCCAACGGCGACAGAGGACGAGGACCCAAGUGGAACUCCCGUUGCCGAGUCAAAAGCGGAGCAGAUGUUAUUACCACGAAUUGAGUUACAGGUUGACCAGGAGAAGGAGGCACUGCCACAGCCGCAGUCGAGCACUGAGGUGACAUUCCCCGUCUCGUUCAAUAUAUUCUCUAAGACGUUAAACCUGGACGAGGUUGUGCGACAAAUGCAGCAGGAGCCGCAGUAUGCCAAAGCAACGGCCCACGAUUGUAUGGUCGCCUACUACAAGGCUUUCUACCGCACCCCGGAAAUUCGCGAGAAAUACAAAUGCACCUUCAAGCCUUGUCCGUCACUGCUAAAGGCCAAACUGCUGCAGCUGCCAUUACAGGAUCUCGCGUCCGAAUCCAGUCAGGCAGCACAGAACCGUGAGAGCAGUCAAGGAUUGGGUGCUGUGUAUGCAGCUAGGAAAGCCAAGCUUAAUAGUAUGCCUAAAUUAAAUAUGGUUAGGUACGCACCCUAUAAUUUGAAGGUCUAUAUAGAUAGGCGAGCAGCGAGGUACCCCGAGAAGCGCGAUCUGUUAUCCGAACAUUUUGCUGGCAAGCUAUCAGACGAACAGAAGCAAAAUAUAGAGCUUGUAUGGAAGAGUCUGGAGACAUAUCAGAAGGCAGCCGCUGCGUUGAGGAGCGCAAAAGCGGGGACUGCACCCAAAGAGACUCUUGAAUCGGACUCGAGCACAAAUGCAAAUGCAGAAACAGAGAAUGGCGGAUCAGCUGCAACAGCAGCUGCUGCAGAGUCAACAUCUUCCACCAGCGAGGAGACAACUACCACCAGCGUGGCAACAAGCACUGAUAUCUUUACCAAAGCUGUGAUGGACCUGACCAAAACCGUUGCUGAGAAGCCUGAGGAUAAUGCAUCAUCAUCCACUACAGCAUCGAGUGGAAUUGCGCUGCAGAAGGCAAAAGCCUCGGUUGCAGUGAACAAACCUUCAAUAGCAGCUAGCAAGGUAGCAGUAGAAAUGGUUGAAACUUUGCAUAUAAAUGAUAUAACCAAAGAAGUCAUGGUACCUACCAGUGCCUUGCAGGCAGUCGAGGAGUUCUUUACCCCCGUCGCGAAGGUGCACAACAUGAAAUACCUGCUCUGCACGAGCCGUGGGCUCAAGAACACCAUCUGGCGCAUACUCUCCCAUCUGACUUAUACGGAGUUUAAGCUAUAUACGAGCAUAUAUGGAGCCGCCUCGUUGUACGAGGAUGAGAACAUUUUGUCCUUGUGCUAUUACUUUGUGCUGUCCAGAGGCAACUGGCCCACUAAUUUCUACGUGAAGCUGCGCAUGCUGCCGCAGCUGUUGCAGAAGAAAGGCGUUAAGUUGAGCUCCCUUGACUUGGGCCAAUUGUCACCCAAGAUGCUGCACCGGGAGGAAUUAAUCCGCUUCACAAACUUCGAUGAGAUUGUUCAGCGCAGUUUCCAUGCACGCACCGGCCAUGAAAUCGGUAAUUUGCAGGACCUGAUCAAAGAGGCGGAGAAGUUUUAUGCCAUGUGUUGGUCCCAGGAUCGCUGGCUGCACCAAGUGCCACAGAUAACAGAGGAGUUUGCCCACUCAAUCAACUGGACAGAUAAUGUUCCCAUGGAGGAAACAACUCCACCUGAUACAUUGCCGCUCUUCAUGUCGCAAAGCUCCUCCCCCGCUCAGGUCAUAUCAUCGCAAAGCUCAGAGGACCGUCAAGAAGAGAUCACCUCAACUCAGUCUGAUCAAACGUUUGCAACUGUACCUGAAACGCCUGAGUUGCCUAUAGAAUCAUCGCAAGCAUCCACUUGUCCACCCACACAGCUUGAUGUGUCUCCAAGUCCACCUUGUUUUGUGGACAUUCAAAAUGUGCAGCCCGCCUCACAGGCUAUGGAGAUAGAGACCCAAAACGAUCCACUCAAUCAAACUAAUCUAGUCCCAGCGGAGAAGAGUGAAGUUCAAGUCAAGACUGAGCCCAUAAAGUUCCUCAACAUGUUGCGCUUCUCGCUGCAUAGCGACAAUUCGAGCGAUACCUUCAAUUGCGAACUUAUCGCCCCCGAGGAUCAAAUCAUCGAUUUGGACACUGAUGAGGAGAAGCGUUCAGAAGAAUUAGCUUGCCUUGAGAUAAGCGAUUCGAUCGUUGGCAAUGUGCUGCCGUCAUCCUGUCCCAACACCUCAGAUUCAUAUCAAAAUUUACUGGCAGAGGUGCAUCGGCUGGACGAUGAAUUGAAUCCGCCUCCUACGGCGGAGAGCCCAUUGCCUGCUCCACAGCCUGAAGAAACAGUUAAAGAUACAAAUGUCCAGCAAGUCGAAGAAUCCGCUCCGGUUCUACCAGUAAAGUCUGUUCCCAGCAAGAAACCGACGCAAGUCGAGAAUAGGAAAAAAGCACGCUGCAUCAUGCCCGACAACGUGCCGCAGCUAAGACACGAAUUUCGUCCCUUGCCAGUGGCAGCUAUGGUCCGCAUCGAGACGGACGGCGUAAUACUCCAUGUAAGUAAGGAUGGGGAAGCGGAGGAAGAAGAGCCACCGACAACCUCCGGUCAAGCGCAACAGGUGCCGCAUCAAGCCGAGUCGCAGAGCGUCUCGCAGGCGCUUGCCACUGACAAUACACUGAUGGAGUCGUCGCAGCUGCAAAAUCUGCUGGAUGCACCCUACAUCAAUCUGCGCAAGGUAAAUUUUAAAGAUUUUAGUGAUAGCAAUAAGAAUAAUAGUGCUGCGUUGAUGGAGACGAAACGCAAGCACAUUGUGUUUAGGUCCUUGGAACGGUAUUUGGCCUUCAGUUCGCUCACUAAGGCUCAGAUAAGCAGGUAUCACAUCAACAGCCUGUCCGUGGGCAGUCCUUAUCAGCAGGCAUUGAUCUGCGUCGAUGGGCGCCUCUGCAAUGCCACCGGCCCGCUGCUGCAGAUCCUGUUCUCGAGAUGCACGGCCAGCUUGCGGGCCGAUUUGGAGUAUCUGCUGCGAGAUAUGGACGAAUUCUGCUAUAACUGCCGCAAGCCAUUGCGCGCGGAUUCCACUGAGGAUUUGCGUACGCGCGUCCUAUAUACGUUUAUGCGUGUGGCGCCGCCCUUUGUCCGUUUCCGUCUGGAGUUCGAGAACGAGACUCGCGAAUGGGCCGACUGCAGCGCCAUCUGUGAGCAAGAAAAGGAAAAAAUAAAACCAAAAAGUGAUGUGCAGACUGUGAUACGCCCAGAGAUACUAGAACGUAUGAAGCAAUUAAAAUUUUUGUUACUGCACCCUUAUAAUUAGUUGGUUUUUUUUUCUAAAUAAAUUAUAUUCUUUGGA